AUGGAGUUUCUUGUGGCAAUCGGGACAGGAAUUGUGUCAAAACUGGGGGAGAUGUUAAUGGAUCCAAUCACGUCGCAAUUCAAACAUCUGAUUCACUAUGACAAAAAUAUCAAUAAAAUGAAGAAUGAACUCAACAACUUGGAAGAAAGGAAGCGUGCUAUUGAAGGAAUGGUGGACGUAGACAGGAGGAAUGGACGUCGCAUUGCUCCAAAUGUUGAACACUGGCUCUACCAAGUGGACAACAUGGUAGAAAACAAAUUAAAUGAAGUGGACGAUCGUGAGUUGGUCAACAAGAGCAAGAAAUGCGUCAAAGGGUUGUGUCCAAAUUUGGUGUUUCGUUAUUUACUGAGCAAGAAAGCAAGAAAAAUGGCGCAAGAUCUUGUUUCCCUGAAGGAGCAAAAAUUUGACUUCAUAUCCUACCCUGCACCUUUACCAUCACUAGGAUCCACUUUCACAGAAGGAAUUAAGAGCUUUGCCUCAAGAGAAUCAAUUAUUACCGAGGUUGUAGAUAAAUUGAAGGGUGAUGAGUUCAACAGGAUAAGCGUUUGUGGGAUGGGUGGUGUGGGGAAAACCACAUUAGUGAAAGAGCUCAUCAAAAUUUUAGAAGCAGAUAAGGUGUUUGAUGAAAUUUCAAUGGCUAUCGUGUCCCAAGUUCCUGACUAUAGAAAGAUUCAAGGUCAAAUUGGUGACACCUUAGGCUUGAAAUUUGAUAAGGAAACUCUACAAGGAAGGGCAGGCCAACUGCUUGAGAGGCUUAACAAGAUCAAUAAGGUCCUCGUAGUGCUGGAUGAUGUAUGGACAGAGCUGGAUUUCGAGUUGAUAGGGCUUCCUUCAAAUGGGCAGUGUCACAGGGGGUGCAAAAUUUUAUUCACAUCAAGAAAUGAAGAUGUGUGCCACAGGAUGAUAAGUCAGAGGAACUUCACUAUGCCCGUUCUCUCUAAAGAAGAAGCAUGGGAUCUCUUCAGGGAUACAGUAGGCGGUCAUGUUGUGGACAAAGCUGAGAUUCAUGACAUAGCAAAAGAGGUUGCAAAUGAAUGUAGGGGUUUGCCAAUUGCUAUUGUCACAAUAGCAAAAGCACUAGGGAACAGGGAGAAGCAUGCAUGGGAGGAUGCACUUGAUCAGCUGAGAAAGUCUUCACUAACUUCCUUCUCAGAGAUGCAAGAAUAUUCUAUAUAUUCAUGUAUUGAAUUAAGCUAUGACUUUCUAGGCAACGAAGAAGCUAAAUUUCUCCUUUUGCUUUGUUGCUUAUUCCCAGAAGACUUUGACAUUCCUAUUGAAGUUCUUCUAAGAUAUGGAGUGGGCUUGGGUUUGUUCAAGGAUCUGGGUGCUUUGUGUAAAGCAAGGAAUCGAGUGCAUACCUUGGUUGAUACUCUAAAGAAGCGGUUUUUGUUGCUGGACAGCAAUGAGGAAGAGUGUGUGAAAAUGCAUGAUGUCGUUCGUGAUACUGUCAUAACAAUUGGAUCCAAAGAAGAGCAUGGAUUUGCAGUGAAAUAUGAUGCCGGACAGACGGGGUCAAAGGAGUUUAUAUGGCAUCAUAGUGCAAUCUCACUUGUGUUUGAUGAGAUUAAGAUGCAUCCUAAGCGUUUGCAGUGUCCAAACCUUAGACUUUUGCAACUUUAUUUAAAGAGAAGAGAACCCAUUUCCGAAAAUUUCUUCCAUAACAUGGGCAAGCUAACGGUUUUAGGCAUAAGCAAUCUGUGCGUUCCAUCAAUGUCAUCUCCAUUCCGAUCACUCAACAGCCUCUGCACCUUACGGUUGGAAGAUUGUCAGGUUGGAGACAUAUCGGUAAUCUGUAAGGAGCUAAGGAAACUGGAAGUGUUAAGCUUUGCCCGCUCAAAUAUCAAAGAAUUGCCAGCAGAAAUAGGCAAACUAAGCCUUCUAAGACUGUUGGAUUUGACAGAUUGCAAUGAUCUUGAUUAG